AUGGCGUAUCAAUCAAGAACUCGAAAAAGGGUCAAUGCAUUGCGUCGUGCUCCUGACGGCAGUGCCUUUCAAACUUGUGAAAGUUGUGGAGUUUCGGUAGCGAUUGUACUGGUGGAUAUGCAUGAUUGUGAAUCGAAAAAUGAUGUAAAGAGAUCGAAAGGAGUAAAGGGGGAACAUAAACCUCUGAUUUGGGAAGAACUAGAACAGAGGUUUCAAGAUCAACCCAGAUCGGAAUUUCGAUUCUUCAUGGAAAGCUUUGCGAAGAACUGUCACGCUAAAAAUCUUGUUGAAAUUGAACAAAAAGGGUUUGAAACGUGGAAAAAUAUGUCCUCACAGGAAAAACUUCCAUAUGAACUUGAAGCUAAGAAGGUGAACGAUGCAUAUUUCGAAAAGCUACUUAAAGAAUCCGAGGAUCACAUGUUUUCGUGUGUUGAUGAGGAGGUAGAUUCUGCAGAAGUUGGGAAAUUUGACAAGAUGAAUGGAUCUUACGAUGAUGAUGUUACUUAUGAUUCUUAUGAUUCUGAUUACGAAGGGAAUGGAUUUGGUUUUUGGUAGUAAUGACUAAUGGUGGGGCCCUUUGGGAAGAGAAGGCAAGUCAAUUUGGCUAAUUGUAUAGUAUAAAUCAAGGUGUUUUAUCCUUUUGAUGUAAUUAAACUAGGAAAAUUUGGUCAUUUUCAGUGUAAUUAUGGAAUGUUUUUGUGUUCUUGUUGAGGUUGAUUACUUGUUUUUGGAUGGAAAUUAGCAUCACGG